CAAAAAGGCAGAUGAUGACAUGCACCGUCAAAUUACUGGGCAUCGAGAGCAAAACAAAUAUGUUAAAUACACAAAAAUGACAAUAUUACUCAUUUCUUGGGUCUUAUUUACGCUAUUCUUAAUGCUGAAGGAUGAAAAGGUACUCCAUUUUAGACAACUGGCGAUAUCAGAAGAAGAAACGAGAACAUACAGACUAUCAGACCUGCCGCUAAAUCCAAGAAUCAAACUCAUUUUUAAAGGAGCUUUUCUCACGGAUCAUUAUGAUACAAUUGCCUCAAAUCACAUGUCUUUUUAUCUAACACUACACGACCAAAAUGGAAAUGAGAAGAAUAUGUCAAAAUUGUAUCAAUUUGCGACAGUGGAUCUUGAGGAUAUAGACAAAGCUGAUCAAAUUAAGAGAUCGAAGAUAAUACAUCUAGAUCAAUCUGAUUUUGAUAGUUUACAUAACAACAAUUCAUCUAUGAAAGUUAAUAUGCUGACAAACUUGGAAGAAAGUUUUUCAAUUAAUCUUGCUUAUGAUCCCUCGCCGCUCAAUAAAAAUGUUGGAAUUGCCCUUGCAGCUAUUAUAUUAAUUGGAUUAUAUAUACUAAUUAUUUGGGAAUUGGUUCACAGAACAUUUGCGGCUAUGAUAGCUUCAACGUUGUCAAUUGGUAUACUAGCUGCUAUGAAUGAACGUCCAACGAUGUCUGUUAUUAUGUCAUGGAUUGAUACAGAAACGUUGCUUCUACUUUUUGGAAUGAUGAUUAUUGUUGCUGUUCUAGCCGAAACUGGUGCUUUUGACUAUCUUGCUGUAUAUGCUUUUAAGAUUACUAAUGGAAAAGUAUGGCCUUUGAUUAUUUGUCUGUGCCUGUUUACGGCUGUUGUAUCUUCAUUCUUGGAUAAUGUAACAACUAUUCUGUUAAUGACACCUGUAACCAUAAGACUUUGUGAAGUCAUGGAAUUAAAUCCCGUGCCUGUUUUGAUGAUCACUGUUAUUUAUUCGAAUAUUGGAGGAACAGCUACUCCCGUCGGUGACCCACCAAAUUUAAUCAUUUCAAAUAGCUUCAUUGCAAAAAGCGGCAUCAAUUUCACAAAUUUUACCUUUCACAUGACAUUCGGAGUUCUUAUGGUCAUGGUUCAAACUUACUUCCAACUUCGAUUCAUGUUUAAAAAAGUUAGUGAUUUACGAUUUUCCGAGCCAAAAGAUGUUAUAGAAUUGCGUCAUGAAAUCACAGUUUGGCAACGUGCAGCAGCAACUCUAUCGCCAUUUUCAAAGGACGAAGAUAUUGUGAGAAAAACAUUAGUGAAAAAAGUUGAAAGGCUACAAAGAGAGUUGAAAAAGAAAUUGACAUCUGGAGCCGUACCAACAGAAAGCUAUCAAGCGACAUUAGAGGAAUUACAGCAAAAAUAUCCAAUCAAGGACAAAAAUCUUUUGAUCAAGUCCGGAAUUGCAUUAGUCUUUGUCAUAACAUUCUUCUUCCUUCAUUCAGCGCCAGACAUCCAAAAAUUGUCAUUGGGAUGGACAGCUUUACUUGGUGCUGUUCUCUUAUUGAUUCUUUAUGACCGAGAGGAUGUUGAAGCUAUCUUGGCACAUGUUGAAUGGGCAACAUUACUAUUCUUUGCUGCUCUAUUUGUUCUUAUGGAAGCGUUAUCGGAACUUGGAUUAAUUGACUUUAUUGGGAAACAAGCUAUAACAUUAAUUCAAAUGACGGGCGAAAAUUCACGACUUGCCGUUGCAAUAUUAAUUGUUUUAUGGAUUUCAGCUAUUGCAUCCGCUUUUGUGGACAAUAUUCCAUUCACAACUAUGAUGAUUAAAAUUGUUAUCUCAUUAUCACAAAAUGAAUCGCUCAAUUUACCUCUGCAACCACUUGUUUGGGCUUUAGGCUUGGGAGCAUGUCUCGGAGGAAAUGGCACAUUAAUUGGAGCUUCUGCUAAUGUUGUUUGUGCGGGUGUUGCUGAGCAGCAUGGAUAUAAAUUUACGUUUGUUGAGUUCUUCAAAAUCGGCUUUCCAGUCAUGAUUGGCAGCAUCAUCACAGCCACAGUUUAUUUGAUGAUUUGUCAUAUACUAUUCACAUGGCAUUAA